AUGCGUCCCACAGCAGCAUGGCUCGCGACCUCCCUGCGAACGCUAGCCGCGCAACGGGUUGUUUUGAACGAUAUCGGAGAAGAAAAGUUCCGUAAACUCGCCUUUGAGCUCCAGUUUCGCGGCAAGCACCUUAAGCUGAAGCAACUCCCGCUGCAAGGCGACUUGCACCGGUCUAUGCGACAAAUUGCGACGCUGCCCAAGGAGGACCAGGAUGUCGCCAAAGCAUGGCUCAUCUCUCGCCGGUCACUAGGACGCUACCUCCUUCCGUCCGAGAACACGAGCCGGCGGCAGUUUCAGCUCAUUCUGCAAUGGCUUGGCCUGCAGCGUUUCCUCGACAUGGCGCCCACGGCGAGCUUCGACUGGAACCGGCUCCCUGAGCUUCUAGACAUGAAGCGGACGGUCCUGCCGGCAGCGCGCUUCGACGUUAUCCGCGAAAGCAAUCUGUCUCUCGAGGACAAGUAUCUGGCCGUUGUGACCUGGCUGAAGGGAACGGACUUUGGCGAGUUCGUCCUCCAGACCCGAGCAUUCCCUCCCGAUCCGCCGGACUACAAGCAAGCGCUUCUCGAUUAUGUCGGCAAGAAGCGGUUUCUGGAGCUUGUCGGCCGGCCGCCUCUCUUCGAUCUGAACUCGAUCAAGGGUUGCACGACCAAGUUCAGGCACAUGCUGUCGCGCAUCCAGUUGGCGGACCUCAGCCCCGCGGACGAGGAGCGCGCCCUCGUCAGUUUGCUCUGCACGACGCAGCUCGGCAAGCGUCUCAUCCUUGAAGCAGGGCUGCCGCUCCCCGAUCUCUUCUCCUACGAGCACAACAAGGUCAUUCAGAGCUACCGCCCUCUGCAUGGCCUCUACCGUGACCCAUCAAGCGCCAGCGUACCGCCCGAAAUUCAGACGUGUGUCGACCGGAUAGGGCAGGACCGUUUCCUGGAGCUUGUGCAUGAGGAGCUGUACGACUUGACCAGCAUCAAGGGUUUCGACACGGUGAAGACAACGAAGGCGCGCUUGCGGCUGGUCCAGGAGUCGAAGCUCCCGGUGGACGAGAAGGUUCGGGCCUUCGUUGCCGUUCUUUGUCGCUCGGCGUGGGCGGAGCUUCUCGCCGGUGAUGAUCUCGAGACUAAGCGCAAGAUCCGGCGAAUUCAGUCCGGCCGCGCCUCCGUCACGAAGGGGCCGUACGGCUUCCAGCGUCGGCUGAACUAUCUCGGCCCAGCGCGCUUCCUCGAGCUCUCGAAGGAACCACUUAUCGAUGUCGUGAAGGCGUUCCCGACCUUGGACCCUGCAGAGUGGCCCUCGUUCUGGACGGCUGUGUACCAUUCUGACCUCGAAGGGGAGGAGCGCGAUCGCUGGUUUGCCAGUGUGCUCCGCCGCUCGUCACACGGCAAGAAGUACCUCGCCGAAGCUAAGCGCAUCGCGAAGGAGAAAGGCGACCCGAACGACCUCCAACCUCUUUCUAACCCGGUAACGACGGCAAUUUGGCGCCCACGAGUCACUAGAGAGAGCUCACCCCGGGCGUCGUCCAGUUCAUCACCCAGCCCAGAACCUUCCAUCGCCCAGGCGCACCCCGCCUAA